UCAUGUUUCUCUUUCACUUCUUAGGGUCAGACACAAAGAACAAAUUCAGAUUCUGAGACUUGUAAACUAAACUAAAAAAAAUGGUCGCCAAAACCCCACCCAGACAACGUAACAUGUUAGCUGUUCUAAAUCCAAUUCUUAUCAGACAAACACUCAACAAGGUGGAUCAGUGCAUGGAUCGGUUACAAGAACUUCAAUUCACUGUGGCCGGUGGAACAAAGCUGGUUUCUGGAGUUAAUCUAAGUCCUCGUAGCACCACAACUUAUCUCAGAACAAGUCUAAGAUGCAAGCAAGAAUCUAUUAGGAUCAAGAAUAGUGCACAAAAAACAUCUCCGCUGGGGAAGUUUCCCAAACCAGCUAAUUUAGGAGGUGAGUGGAGGCAAAUGUCAUUGCCUGCAAUGUUUGUAGGGGAAACUGUUAUAGAAAUUUUACAGGCAAGUCAAUUUGCCAGGGAAAUAGUUUCUUCAGUUGGUGCAAAAUCUGCAGUGGAGGACCCAAAAACACCACUAUCCCGAAACUCAUACAAAAAAGAAGACUCUGAAAACACACAGCUCAGAGCUAAAAGGAGGAAGGAGAAGCAAAAUAAACAACAGUCUGAUUCGCCACCAUUACCAUCUCAACGAGUGCGUUCCAGAAUCAAUUUCAAGGUCUCUCCUCCGAAAAAAGUAAAAGACCUUGAUAAAGAGAAAGAGAAAAACAAGUAUUUAGCAAAUAGGGUAUCUCCUAGGAAUAGGCCAUGGGCUAGAAAGACAGUACUAUUUCCCAACCCUUUAUUCUCUUCAACUUCUUCACAUCAGCAACAAUUUUGCAAGACAAGAUCACCUGUUAUAUCAAGAAAUAGAGCAACAACAACGCCACACAAGUUUAGGAUCAAAUCACCUCAUAAGUUUCUGAUCGAAACACCAAAUAGCGUAACAUCAACAACACCACACAAGUUUCGGAUCCUAUCACCACAUAAAUUUCUGAUCAAAUCACCAGCUUCACCCAAGAGACCUACAAGAUUGAACUCUCCAAAGAGAUGUGGUGCUGCAUCAAAAUCGAGUCGACCUUUGUCUCCUCCUAGAUUGGUUGCACCAACAAAGAGCAAGAGAAGUGUACAGAAAAGUGAUGGAUUAGUGUGUUUGAAUAGGAGUUCUCUAAAGAGCAAGAAAAAUGAUGGAUUGGUGUGUUUGAGCAAGAGUUCUCCAAAGAGAUCAACUGCAUCAAAACUACGUCGAUCUUUCUCUCCUUCGAGAAUGGUAACAAGGCUAGUUUCACCAUUGAAGAGCAAGAAAAAUGUACAAAAAGUUGAUGGCUUUGUUAGUGGAUUGAAACAGAGACCAGCUACAACAGUACAAUUGCCCGGUCCAAAAUUUAAGAACAUAUUGUGAUAUAUUUUCAAUUUCAUUGUAUUUAUUUCAUAAGGAUGUCAAGCUCAAGCAAUUCUAUACUGUAUCAAUACUAUAAUAGAUAGAUAUUCUUUUGUUUUUCAUGUCAAUGCAAGCUUUGACCAAAUUAAUAUAUUUGGAAUUUCAUGUCAA